AUGUUGGAACGCGACAGUGUUCCUGAGAAGAUCAGUCGACUUAUAAAGGCAUUUUAUGAGCGUACAUCGGAGCAGAUCUAUGUAUAUGAGGAACUGAUAGGCUUCUUCGAAAUAAGAACUGGGUCUGUCAAGGAUGUGUGCUUUCCCUACAAUAUUCAACUAUGCGAUAGACUGGAUAAUGAGCAUCGCUUGCCGGGAAUUAAGUGGUGUGCAAAUCAGUCCAGAGUAUAG